CAAGAAACUCUUCCUUUCGUGCCCGACAACUUUUGGGUUUGUCCAAUCUAAGCAGGCUUACAUGAGCACUCUGGUUCUCCAGUUUGUACUUUGUACCCCGUACUGCGCAAAUCAUUUUGAGCGAGUGAGAUGGAGGCGAGCAACAGCAAAGCGUCCGUGGUGGGCCGGCUGCAGGCGGCGAAGCACGAGUCCGGCAAGUCGUUCAGCCAGAUAGCGCAGGAGACCGGCCUCACCAACGUCUACGUCGCCCAGCUGCUGAAACGACAGGCCCAGCUGAAGCCCGACACUGCCCCGAAGCUCCGGGCGGCCCUGCCCGACCUGCCGGAGGACCUCCUCCACGAGAUGAUGAAGCCCCCCAUGAGGUCCUAUGACCCCAGUUUGAUUCAAGAUCCUACUGUUUACAGGUUGAAUGAAGCGGUGAUGCAUUUCGGAGAAAGCAUCAAGGAAAUUAUAAAUGAAGAGUUUGGUGAUGGCAUAAUGUCAGCCAUAGAUUUCUACUGCUCGGUUGACAAAGUCAAAGGUGUGGAUGGGAAGGACCGUGUUCUUCUGACAUUUGAUGGGAAGUAUCUGCCUCACACCGAGCAGUAUCUAUCAGCAAGUACAUUUCACCCCAAUGGAGGGAGGACUGUAAAAUUAAAGCACAAAGCCUAAGAACACCACCUCAUUGGCUAAACUGGAGAGCCAACAGAGGUAGAAAGAGACAACUUAUUGCUUUACCCCAGAAGGAGAUUUGAAGAGGAAAGGAAUGAAUUGAAGUGGAUUAUAUAUACUCUGUUAAAAAGGGCAAAAAAAUGCUCCGGCCUUCACCUUAGAGGAAUGCAAAUCGAUCCUUUUUUCUGGCUUAUUUAGAUAGCUCCGAUCAGUUGUAUUGUCAACGUGGUAAGAUGAGUAAUUCCACAAGUAUGCUCUACCCUUGCCACU